AUGCUUAAAGAGUGUAUCGUCGCCUUAUUGCUGUGCCUUUUGCACGACAUGUCAGCUGGAUUUAAAGAUCCAUUCUUGACUUAUCCAACAAACAUCGAGAGCAUAAAAAAGCACCUCAAGACUGAACGGCCUACCAUUGCUGUUUUGUCUCUUUACGUUGCUGGAAAACAAAUAAAGGAACAGGUUCCAAAAGCCAAGGGCUGCAGUUACAUUGCUGCCUCUUUUGUUCGCUUCGUUGAGACGGCGGGCGGACGCGUAGUCUCACUGCAAGAUAAUUUUAAAGAUGACGAGGUUGAUGAAAUCCUUAGAAGAGUUAAUGGAGCAAUAAUUCCUGGUGGGGAUAUAGAGCUAUUAGAUGAUGGAUACGACCGAAUAUCGAAGAAGAUAUACGACUUUGCUAUAGCGCAAAAGAAGAAAGGAAUUAUUUGGCCAGUUUAUGCAAUAAACAGAGGCGCGGAAAGAAUAACAAAACUGACCAUGGGUAUAGAUAUCACAGCUCCAACAGACAGUACGAAUCUGAGUCUUCCUUUGCACCUCACAAAAGAUGCUAGGAAAAGCAGAUUGUUAAAGCAUGCAGCAGAAGGAAUAUGGAAGACACUGGCGGGGCGACCAAUGGCGUUUCAUGUGCAUUCCCGGGGUAUCAACCACGAGGCAUUUACAAACUCAUCAAAGAUGAUGAAAUUCUAUAGGAUCAUAUCAACAAACCAAGAUAGAAAUGGAACAGUGUUUGUGUCCACGUUUGAAGCUAAGAAAUACCCAAUCUACUGUUUCCAAUGGCAUCCAGAAAAGACUUUAUUCGUGUGGAAUCCAGUUCUAGCUUUAGACCAUUCACCAGAUGCCAUUCGUGUAUCCCAGUAUUUGGCAAACUUUUUCUUGGUUGAGGCGAGAAAGAAUGGCCAACGAUUCAUAACACGUGAAAAAGAGGAGGCUCGGCUUAUCACGCGCAGAAAGCCAACCUACAUUGGAAACAUCGUAGAGAGUCCUUAUGAGCAGAUAUAUCUUUUCAAGAAAGCUAAUGGUAGCACCUUUGGAAAAAAUUUGCCGGUGGGAUUCCAAAGAGGAGAUAAUUAUAUGUGAUUAUUUUGGGCAGUGAGUCCAAGCACUAGAAAUCGCUUCUACAGCUGACAUAAUCGUAUUCUUUAAUCCUAGGCAAUGUCUACUCAAUUUAAAUUCAAAUUUUAAAAUUUCAGAGCACUUUUAACUUAUAAAGAGACUCUCCAUUUUUCAUCAAAGACCGCUCAUGUAUUAAUGAACAUCAAAAUAGAAUUA